AUGGUCAAGGACGACGACACAGUUAUCAAGGAGUUCAAUGAGCUGGUCAAUAUGACAGCGUCUGAGUUGAAAGAGUGGCUCAAGGGCGGAGACUCGACCAGUUCCGGCUGGUCCAAGGAAGACGGAUCCGGGGAAACGGUCGGACACGACAGUGGUCGACGGAUUGUCAAAAUUCUUGAGAAGAACCCCAAGGGCGACCCGGAAAAAUACGACCAGGACGACCUCGACCACAUGCGCAAGGUCGUGGCUUAUUGCAAGAGGCACCUAGCGCAGGAAGAAAAGGCAAAGCAGGACACGGACAGCAAGUCCUACAAAAGCUUGAAGAACUGGGGCCACGAUGCUCAGAAGGCUUAG